CGUACUCACCUACGUGACGGCGGAAAGCUCCAAGCCGAGAGCCCAGCCUUACACGACGACUCUCCACCGUGCUCUCUCUCUCCCUCUCCGGCUCUCCUCCUCCCACCUCCAAAACUCCAAACCCCAGCGGAGCACCCCCGAUCGUUCGUUCCCGCCGCCGGGAUGGCAGGGAAUCGAGCCACUGGCGGCGAUGGGCGGGAGGAGGACAGCGCCAUGGCCGGGAUCCCGGCGAUGGACCUCGCCCUCGCGUUCCCGCAGGCAACACCAGCCUCCAUCUUCCCGCCCUCCGCAUCGGACUACUACCAGUUUGAUGAUUUGCUAACCAGUGAAGAGCGGUCUAUCAGAAAGAAGGUCAGGGGUAUUAUGGAGAAAGAAAUUGCGCCCAUUAUGGCAGUGUACUGGGAAAAGGCAGAGUUUCCAUUUAAUGCCAUUCCUAACCUUGCAAGCCUUGGUGUUGCUGGAGGUACAAUAAAGGGUUAUGGGUGCCCAGGACUUUCAAUUACAGCAAGCGCUGUUACUACGGCAGAAAUUGCACGGGUAGAUGCGAGCUGUUCCACAUUUAUACUGGUGCACUCCUCUCUUGCAAUGGUGACAAUAGCUCUUUGUGGAUCUGAGGCUCAGAAGCAGAAGUACUUGCCAUCCCUUGCUCAACUUACUACUGUUGGUUGUUGGGCAUUGACAGAGCCAAAUCAUGGAAGUGAUGCAAGUUCCUUGAUAACUACAGCGACAAAGGCAAAUGGUGGAUGGCACAUAGAUGGUCAAAAACGCUGGAUAGGUAACAGUACCUUUGCAGAUGUGCUCGUGGUAUUAGCUAGGAAUGCAGAUACAAAACAACUAAAUGGAUUUAUUGUGAGGAGAGGAGCUCCAGGCUUGAAAGCUACAAAGAUCGAGAACAAGAUUGGUCUUAGGAUGGUUCAGAAUGGUGAUAUUGUUUUUAAUAAAGUGUUUGUUCCUGAGGAAGACCGAUUGCCAGGCGUUAAUUCAUUUCAAGAUAUAAGCAAGGUCCUUGCUAUUUCACGUAUUAUGGUGGCAUGGCAACCAAUUGGCAUAUCAAUGGGGGUCUUUGAUGUGUGCCAUCGGUAUCUGAAAGAAAGGAAACAGUUUGGAGUUCCUCUAGCCGCUUUUCAGCUGAACCAAGAAAAACUUGUCCGGAUACUUGGUAACAUCCAAUCAAUGCUGCUUGUUGGCUGGCGUCUAUGCAAGCUUUAUGAGUCAGGGAAAAUGACACCAGGCCAUGCUAGCCUAGGAAAGGCUUGGAACUCCAGAAUGGCCCGUGAGGUGGUAUCUCUUGGUCGAGAAUUGUUGGGUGGAAAUGGAAUUUUGACCGAUUUCCUAGUAGCGAAGGCGUUCUGCGAUCUGGAGCCUAUUUACUCAUAUGAAGGCACAUACGACAUCAAUAGCCUGGUGACUGGCAGAGAGAUCACCGGGAUCGCCAGCUUCAAACCUGCUGCGUUAGCGAAAGCCCGGUUGUAAUUUUCCAAAGAUAAACGGCAUCCUUCUCAUCCUGCAGCUGUGAGAAGCAAAUAAAUCAGGGCCUCCCAACGUUCUGAUGGUUGGAAGCGUUGUAAAUUUGUGUCUGGUGGAGGAUAAAAAAAAAUGCUCAAAGAUAUUAGUUCCGCCUUGUAAACUGAAUCUUCCUGUGUUUUCCUUCUUUCCCCCGAACUAGGAUAGGAGGGAACCUGGCCUCACAGGCCAAUCUCGUGUGUUUUAUUGCUGCGCACCAUGUGAGCUUGAAUAAAAAAAAGGUCAAAUACAGGAGUA